AAAGAGACUUCCGGAAACUUGACGAUGAUAAACUGUUGAAGGCAGGGAGCGGCAGAGCGGAGGGCCCGGGGCUACAAGAUGCUGAGGAUCAAGGAAGCAGGCGCCGGCGGCUGUAUGGAGGCGGCUGCGGGGCAGCCGGAACCUGUGAACCGGUCUCCCAGCAGAGAGGAGCCGCGUCCCGGCCGCUCGAGGUGGAGUGUGUCCGGCCUGGUGAGCUGGAGGCAGAGUCCGUGCAGGACUUCAGCCGCCUUUACUGCAGCCAACGCGGCGGUCUGGUUUGUGGCCUUAUGCUCUUUUCGAACCUUCAGCCUUCUGGCCAUCCUGCUGGCUCUGCUGGUCGUCACGGUAACGGCCAGAGAUGCUGUUCGGUGCAGAUUCUUCGGGGUUCACUCUCAGUGCAGCAUGACAGCAAGUUGGGAGAUCAUCGACCCGGGGGAGGACAGUCGGUCUGCGAGCGGACUGCAGUUCAGCGACUCCCUGAAGAUCUUCCUCCAGGAAACGUCGGCCUUCAAGCAGCAAAACCCCGGAAAGUUUUGUUUGCUGGUUUGCAGUCUGUGCACCUUCUUUGCUGUCCUAGGACGCUACAUUCCAGGGAUUGUGAUCUCGUACAUUCUAGUGCUGGGUGUCUUCCUGUGGCCUCUGGUUUCGUCUCAUGAUGUCAGUUUGUGGCUGGAGCCAGUUCUGCAGAAGCUGGACUUCGGCAUCGGAGAGUUUUUCCAAAAAAUCAAGGAGGACAGAGUGAAGAGACUCAUUCAGGCUGAGGCUGAGAAAGACGGCGUAGAGUCCGACCUCUCCUCCAUGUUCCCCAAGCUCGACUCUACGGUUUGUAAGGAAAUGUGCGUGUCGGAUACCGAGGUGUCGGACGUGACGUGGACGGACAACGGUGCCUUUACUUUGUCAGAGGGACACACGCCGCAGACGGAGAACUCAGAGGACCUGGACAAAGAGGAAGCCUUCACCGGCGGCCUCGCAGAGUUCCCCUCACUCGAUAACGGCACGACCACAAACGGAGACGACGAUGACCUCAGCCUUGGCCUUGGCCUUCCAUGCGCUCCCCCUCAACAGCCAGCUGAGUCAAAGCGUGCACUGUUUUCUGGCAUGGACCAACCCGCAGACAAAACCCUGGAGUUGGUCAACCAGAUGGCAGAAGAUGUUCUGACCGCUGCAGUCACAGCUGCCAUCCAGGAGAGAAUAGAAGCUGCAGUCUGUGCCUUAGCUGAAGACGCCGAUCCAUCGAGACUCCCACAGCCAGAGCAGCUGCUGGAGUUGAUGGAGGAGUCCGACAGCGAGGUGGAGGACUUUGAGCUGUUGGACCAGUCAGAGUUAGAGCAACUGGAAGGGGAGCUGGGGCUGGGGGAGGAGAAAGCAAAGUCCACAGAGGAAGCACAGAUGGAGUCCGACAAGCCGCCAUCCUCUGGAUUCUUCUCCAAACUCCUCAGACGCCACUGACAUGAAAACUGCAGUGGAAGGGGGUCACAGAGGACAUGCGGGAGGAAUGGGGGGGUCACACUUGUUAAAAAAAAAACCUUGUCUUUAUAUUAUCUGGUUUCUAAAAUGAAUACUUCAGAGUGCUGGUUUCACAGAUGGAGAGGUAUUGUUAGGAGGAGACGUAAGGAUUAUCAUCUGAUAUCAGGUACUCAAACCCACCAAUCCAUUUAGAGCUUUUAAAACCACAGAAUAUGACUUUACUCCUGUCUGACAAACAAAACAAAUGAAAAUAAAUCUAUGGGAUCUUAUGCUGAAAUAAAACAUUAAAAAUUACAAUAAAAAAUCUAAUUUUAUUCUUUCUUUAACAGAAAUCUGAACAAAUUGUCUUGGAAAAUACAUCUAUGACACUUUAUUCUGGAGUCUUUUAUUUAAUUUUUGAAUUCCUCCAAAUUAGCAAAUGAUCACAUUUAAAAAGAAACAUUUAGAAAGUGUUUUGUCAUAAUCUAGGCACAGAAAACGUAAUUGCUGCUGAAAAUGUUUCUUUAUGUUUCUGAGGUUUUCAGUUCUUAUUUCCCUAAAUAACAUGUUAAAAAUGUCUUUUGAGUCUUUGUGUCUCAGACAUCAAGACUAAAUGUUCCAAAGUUUUUGUUUUUUUGCAGAGAAAACUGUAUUGUAAGACAAAUAGACUAUGCGAUCUGUGUUGAACCUUAUAUAAUUAAUUUAACAACUAAUUAUGAUAUUUUCAUGCUUGAGACCAUAUUUCAUAUGCAAGCAGAACAUGACAAAUAUGCUUUGAUGGAUAUUUUUUCUACUCAAAAGUACCUCAAAGGGCUUUAUAGUAUAUCAAUUAUAGUUACUACACUUUCUGAAAUAAAUAUCAAUUUAAUCCUGGACAAAAUAAAAAGUUUAAAAAAAAAUCUAAAUUUGAAUGUUCUACAAUCUAAUCAAAAGUAGGAUGUGGUUAAUCCCUGAAUCAAACUUUAUUUAGAUAAGAUCAAUGACAGAAUGGUAGAUAUGCAUAGUUCAGAUCUGUGAAACAAAGAAAGGUUUUUUCUGUCAUUCAUAAUCAUUGAGACUGAUCAAAAGUUUUGCCACAAAAAGAUGGAAAAAAAACCCUCAAACAUUGUACAACCUCUCACAUUUUUUGUAGGGCGCCCUCUUGUGGUAAAGUGCUUCACUACUGCAUACAUUUCAGUUAAAAGUUUGUAAAUUCAUGUUAUAUAAAUAUGAAAAUAUGAAUAUGAAUAUAAAUGGCUGUUUUUUGUUGCUCAUAAUGAGAGUUUAUCUAAUGUUGUAUAGAUUCAUAUAUUAUUUUGUAAACAGUGUUGUUUUGGAAAUUUGGAAACAAUCCUUUGAAAUAGACACAGAAAUCAUCAUUCAACUUUUUUACCACCGGGGGGCGAAAAAACCUAAAGUCAUGUUUUCAUGUCAUGUCCAUCACAUGGCUGAAUAAAACUGAGCAUAUAAAUACAUUUUGUAAAAGUUAAGGAAUGUAAUUGAGUGUCAGGUUUAAAUACAAUCAGAUGUUUCCUCCCCUCUGGCUUUCACAUCACCCUUUAUCUAACUUUCCAGUUUGUCUUGUUAUUGUUAUAAAAGCUUGUUUAUUUCUUUUUAAUGAAAAGCUUUCACAUCACGAGAUACAGCAAUGCAUAAAAUAUCUUCUUUAAAGGACUACUCAUGCGUUUUUUUUUUAUAAGAUUAUGUAUAUUUGCAGUGCCUGAGAGGACUUUAUUGUUCCUGCAGAAAAUACACAUUGUUUAGUUUACACAUAAAUGCUAAUAAAAGAUUGAUCUUCAACA